CGAGUGUCAACCCACGCAAUAUCCCGGAAGCUCGGCACAGGGGCGCAUGCGAGAAGUUUUGUUUGGCUUGUCGGUGGUUCCCUCAUUUCUUGUAACUUGAGUUGUUGCUGAGAUUCACCGUGAGCCAAUUACAAGGCCUGAGAAGAAACGUGGACGACGUUGAAUUACCUUAGCCGAGUAUCUACAUUCAACUGUACUGGCAGUUCGUUUUCUCAUAGAACUCAACUCGUUAAUAGAACAUGACAGAACAAUCAAAUCUGUUACUGCGUAAACAACUCGGAGAGCUAAACAAGAAUCCAGUGGAAGGCUUUUCUGCAGGUCUCAUCGAUGACGAUGACAUAUACCAGUGGGAGGUCGUUGUUAUCGGACCACAAGAUACCCUGUUCGAGGGCGGUUUCUUCAAGGCUCACUUGAUAUUUCCCAAAGAUUAUCCUUUGAGACCGCCGAAGAUGAAGUUCAUAACAGAAGUAUGGCAUCCUAAUGUGGCCAAGAAUGGCGACGUGUGCAUCUCUAUCCUGCAUGAGCCCGGAGAGGACAAAUAUGGCUACGAGAAGCCAGAGGAGCGCUGGCUGCCCAUUCACACUGUGGAGACCAUCAUGAUCAGCGUCAUCUCCAUGUUGGCCGACCCCAAUGGAGACUCUCCUGCCAAUGUGGAUGCAGCUAAAGAGUGGCGGGAAGACCCGAACGGAGAGUUCAAGAAGAAGGUAGCGCGCUGUGUGAGGAAAAGCCAGGAGAUGGCUUUUGACUAGAAAAUCUGACCCGAGAAGAAGGAUGGAUCUGACUGAUGAAUUGCACUAGGGGUUGCACUUAAAAGUCAACGUAACACCCCCUCGCAGUUCUUCUGAGCGGAUGAAUGAACGAUUGCCUGCACACUAAAAUAACACGCAAGGAUGUCUACUUUUGAAAGCUGUGAAAACUCAAGUACCAUCGUGGUGGUAAACACAUUUAUUUAGAUAUUUUAGGUCUUUCUUUUUUCCAUUUGCCAGUAUGAUAUCCAUUGUAUAAGAAAUUGGUGUGUGAAUGACGGAUUUAAUAUUAACCUCUAUUGUCAAAUCGGUUUGUGUUGCGCUUUCUUGACACUAUUUUAUUCCCCACAUUUCCUAGGCUUACAAUAUGGAACUGUCUUGGCAAUAACUUCCACAUUACACACUUAAAAGUAAAAAAAAAGCAAAAGCUCCUUUUGUGCAGUGUUAAUUUAAGUGUGUGUGUGUGUGUGUGUGUGUGAGAGAGAAAGAACUUGGGUUUGUUAGUAUUCAACAUAUUUUCAAUUUGCAUUUCACUCAAGCUUUGUUAUCAAACGGAAUUGGAUUUGACCGUUGAGCCUCUGCUAAAACGAAGGCCCCUACAGUCCUUGCAGUGACAGGAGUUAUUCAAAAUAUGGUUUGCAGUGAACCAGACCACAGGCAGAACUGAUUAAAUAAGGUACAACUUGACAUUCCGUUGGAUUGUUAAGAUGAUAGUCACAUGACUGUCUUCUCAGAAAGAGGUCAACUGGGUAUUCUGACGCUGUAGUGGCGAUAUGACUGGAUUUCGACAGUUGUUCAUUAUGUAUUAAAUCAAUGAGGCUCAUUCAUUGUAACAUUGUCAUUAGCAUUGAAGGAAAAAACUAUCCUUUAAUUGCUUCCUCCUUCUAUGACCUGUGCAGAUGUUGUUAGGUUGUAUCAACUGCAUUGGGCGACACAAUUAAGUAAGAUAACUACUAAUACAAAUUAUUUGCUCAAACUUUUAAAAUUAACAAUAAUACAACAUUCUGGAACCGAAUAUAACAUUGUUUUUAUCAUUUCAUGUUAUGCAAGUCUGCUGGGGGGGGGGGGGGGGGGGGGGGGGGGAAGGAAGGGGAACUCCAAAUUGAUUAAGCACAGAUUUGCUAGACAUUUUGCUAUGAGACUUUCUAAACUAUUUAUUUAGAUACAUGAAAUGCAUGAUUGUUGUUUGGGUAUUUUGUUUUCAGUCUGCCAUGCUGAGCCAUUGUUGAUGCAAUCCUGAUGUGUGUUAACAUUUCAGAAGUUUAGAAUCUGUGUUUUUCCCCACAAUCCCCGCAAUUCCACCAUGCUGAGGGGUUCCUUCUCAUGAGGGGCAUACAUGUCCACAUGCUGCCUUACUUUGACUCCCUGCAAGUGGGGUCUAAAAUACAUUCUCAUCAAUAAGCCUCUGUGGCAGUUCUGAGAAGGCACCAAACUCAUGACCAUCACACACAAAUGUCACCUGUAACAUUCAUAUAAUAUAUCUAUACAUAUCGAUAUAUGUAUAUUAUUUGAUGUAUACGAAAGAAUCCCCCCAAAUCCAUGAAACAAUUUGCCCACAUGUCUUGUUUUCAUUUCAGACCCUGCAUGAAUGAUGAGAUAACUUGAAUUUAGUUACAUUUGUAUCAGAAGACUUAUCCUAACUUAAGUCUGAAAUACUUGAUCGUGACUAACAAUCCACGAGCAAAAAGCAAAUGAGCUCAAGCAUAUUUUUGUGUAAUAUAAAUAUUUGAAAACUAUCCCAAGGUGUGUGUGUUCCUUUGAUAACCCUAACGAACGUGUGCGUACUGCUUGUGUCAAAGGCGACGUCCCAAGCCCUACAUUAAUAUCAUUACAUGUGUAAAUAAGAAAAAAUUACACUUUGCAUCAAUGACUUGAAUGGAAAAGCUAUAGUCAAUUGAUUCACUUUGAUUAAUUUAUUUUGUCCUGGGUGAAUGGCAGUCUAAUUAUAAGCACUUUGUGGACAGAUAUCCUUCACUCUGAGGAGGUGGUUAAGUGUUGGUCCGUGAUUGCUAUAGGCUAUAAAGGUAUAACGUAGCAUUCAGUGAGGGGGUGACAAAUAUUAAUUGAAGGUACAUUAACAAGCAUUUAAAGUGGAGAAAUACUUUAAAGUACAUUGACAAGUGUUACAUAUACUGUGCUGCAAUCUAAGACGUUAGUUUCAUCCAACAUGUGCAUUCAAUGCAUUCAAUAUCCUGAAUAUCAAUAUUCUGAUGUUUAACCAGCAUUGAACUACCUUGUCCCAUUUUGUGAGUACUUUACUUGGUAUCCACUUUGACUUAUUACACUGUACUUAAUGGUACUGAUGUCAUGGUGGUGCUGAAUUGCACAACUGAUUUUAUGCACAAGAUGUUUGAGUGAAGGUUUAUGUUUGCAAUGGAAUAACAUUGAUUUAUUUGAGCGUGUUUCAAUUGUGAAAAUAAGCAAUAAAUCUGGAUAUGAGAA